AUGGCUCUUGAGCCCGGAUCCGGCCGUCGCUCAGUUUCCCCAGAGAGCUCAGGCCGAGACUCCCCCAUUCCACGGCAAUGGAGGAACCAACUCGGUGAAGAGGAUUAUGCCAUCAAGGAUAAAUCCUACCGCAAAUAUGCCCACGGAGUGGACAGAGCACUUGUAUUAUUCGAAACUGCUCUAGAAGAAUGGGCCGACUACAUAUCCUUUCUAAACAAGCUUCUCAAAGCCUUGCAAGCUCGUCCAAAAUCAGUCAAUACGAUUCCAUCCAAGGCGACUGUCGCGAAACGACUUUCUCAAUGUCUCAACCCUUCUUUGCCAUCCGGCGUGCAUCAAAAAGCUUUGGAAUUGUAUAAUCUGGUAUUCUCAGUUAUUGGGAAAGAUGGUCUAUCAAGAGAUCUUCCGCUAUAUCUGCCAGGACUAGCUACAGUCCUUUCCUUCGCUUCCUUGUCUGUACGGGCACCAUAUCUCGACCUCCUCGAACGACACUUCCUCGGUAUCGACCCUCGAUCACUCCGCCCAGCAAUGAAAUCCAUGAUUCUAGCCCUGCUUCCUGGCUUAGAAGAAGAGACAAGUGAGGAUUUCGAACGGACACUGCGCCUAGUCGAGAGCUUCAAGCAUGCCACCAGGCCGUCAUACAGCGAAGAGAUUACUGAACAGCAUUCUUCGGGCGAUACCUUCUUCUGGCAAUGCUUUUUUCUAGCUUCCAUCACCAGCCAAAGCCGUCGCUCUGGUGCACUCGCAUACUUGAUACGAUUCUUGCCACCGUUAGGGCCACAAGCUGCCCCCGAGGACAAAAAUUUAGCGACAGCACAAAACAACACCAAUGACGACACCCAGAGCAAACUUGCCACUGUCGUCACGUCUCCAGAGCCGGGCCUAUUGCUGCGGUGUUUUGCAAGUGGUCUAUCCGAUGAGCAGUUACUCAUUCAGCGUGGCUUCUUGGACUUGUUGGUUUCUCAUCUCCCCCUGAACGCGCAUGUCAUCCAAUCGCGGGUUAAACCCGAUGAUCUGGAAUUGCUUCUCAAAGCCGCUGUUGGUGUAGUAACUCGACGUGAAAUGAGCUUGAACAGACGCCUUUGGACGUGGCUGCUGGGGCCUGAACCGAUAACUGAACAUGACCACAGUAGCGAGACUCCAAGCAGUCCUCCUGCAGAUCAACACAGCUUUGCAGUCUCAAGAACUCAUUAUUUCGAGGAUUUUGGACUACGCCCUUUGACAAAAGCAAUACUACAAAUGAUAAAGAGCAGCUCUCAUAAUGCUGUCAGUGAACGCGCCAAGCCUUAUAGAAUAUGUCUCUCGUUGAUGGAUAGGUGGGAAAUCGGUGGCUUAGUUGUACCUGAAGUCUUUCUUCCUAUGAUUGAAAGUGUGCGACACUUCAAAGAUCAUGCCGCAAGCAAAUCAGAGUUUAACGAAAUCUUGCCAAGCGCCAGUACUUUCUUUGACGGCAUUGAAAGCGGGCUCAUCUAUGGUGAAAUCGCCGGACUUCUUGCACAGGCUCUGGGCCCAGGAUUUCUCAGCGCACACGAGCGGAAAGACAAGCUUGCGCUAGUCAGUUUUAUCUUGGCUAAUUUCAACGUCCGAGAGGAAGAAAUGGUCACUAUUCAUGCUCCUUUAUGCUGUCUGACCGCUCUAGCCAUGCUAGAGGACUUCAAAGAACGUAUAUUAACGCACGGCAGCGCAGAUUCACAACUGCUUUCACUGUUGAGCCAGGCACAGAGCGUUGCUCUCUCGCUUUUGGACCUUAUACCAGAAAGAGUGUUUCCUGAAACCACAGAAGGCCUAAAAAAUGAGAGGAGCAAUUCGGUCCUGCCCUCUAAUGGCGAGAUAUUGGAAAAGUCGCAGAACUUUUACGUCAAUGAGCAGGGUAAUAUAGAGGCGUCUCCACCGCCAUUCAGUGCCUUGAUCGUAGGUCAGACAAUUCUGGACAAGGCUGCUCAAUUUGUCUGUCAAGAUCUAGGGUCGUCUGAAACUGACCUCAACGCUUGUGUCAGACUGCUCGUUCAUGCAGUAUACAAGACUCCCAAGACAUAUGAAGUCAAAGAGAAACAACUACUGAAACUUAUGCAUGACCUUCUGGAGCAACCAGACAUUAUGGCCUUCCCUUCCUUCUCGGCCAUCUUACAGCUGUCAACUCAGCUAUACGACGCUGAGCGGAUCGAGACAACUCAACUCUCAAGCCUGAUACCUCUUCUAGUACGGCAUGCCUGGAUAUACCUUUCGGCAUCUGAGCCAAAGUACCACGUGGAAGCAGUUAGGGGUUUGUGGCAACUGCAGUCAGCUCUCUCGACAUCCAACCGCGAUAUUGAAGCAGCGCUGUCCAGUCUUAUCAUUGCACAAGAUACCUCCCGCUUUCGCGGUGUUGAGCCUGUAGACAAGGGUCGUGCUUUGAGUGUAUUAUGGUCGCACACCCUCCAAGACAACGCCCCCGCCGAACGAAGAGGCUCAAAAACGCCGAUCCAUGAUAUAAAGAGCCUUCCUAGACUUGCCGGGGCUGAUAAUUAUGAAGUCAUGCUCACACAGCCGAUAUUCCUUAUACUCGACGCCUUGGAAGAUGACCGGACCCAACUUUACAUGACGGUGAAGUCAUGGUUGAAUACUAUGCUAGGCAUUGAUCGUCGUGCCAAUCAACUCUACCGCUACGCUCUUAGUCUCCUUCACAAGUUUCUCAAUAGCCCCUUUGCUGCUCACUUGUCAGCCCAACACCUUGAGAACGUGCUGAUCGCACGACUUGAAAAGUCGCUUCAAGGCUCCGAUGCAUAUGUGCAGGUCCUCUUGCUUGAGGCAGUAUAUGAUACACUAAAGCUUCGAGACAUUGCUCCCAUUGAAGCACCUGCGUCUCCCAUUUCUGAACGAAGACUGUCAACAUUUGAUCCUCGAGGAAGUCGCCCGUCACUUUCAGCACCGGAAAUUCGACCAAUUGCAACACCGCCGCCCCAACUUCUCCAAUGCCUUCAAGAUGGUCUCAGCUCACCCAGCAGCCGCCCAGUCCUCGAUAGCUGGGUUGCUUUCGUAUCUGAGUGCCUGCCUUUGUACUCGGAUUCCAUCUUUCAGGUAGUCAUCCCUCUAGUUGAGACCCUUUGCAAAGAAAUCGACACGACCUUUGCCAAUUUGAGGGGAACCUUUUACUCGAAUGCUCUCUCCAUCGGUAGUGAGAAGCAAUCCCCUGAGUCUACACUGAUCUUUCUGCUUAAUGGCCUCGAGCAAGUUCUAGCAAGAGCGCAUCAGCGACUUCUGAACGAAGAGGCUCGGACACAGGUCGUCAAGGGUCCGGACCAGCCCCAAUCCCUUUUUGGGAGCAUGGUAUCAAAUGUCUGGCAGUCAGACAACACUCAAUCUCGCAGCGCAACAGCAAACGACCGCUUGACCGUCCAUCUGGCCUUUCAAGAUGCGGUUCGCAUUUGCUACAAGAUCUGGACAUGGGGUCAGGGUGAUGACUCAAAUAAACAAGAUCAGGGUUCUUUUGGGUCGUUCAACUAUACAUCUCUGCGCAUGCGCAAUCGCUCUAGAAGGUUAUUGGAGCACCUUUUUGCUGCCGAGAGCCUCGAGUGUCUUGAGACUGUUAUUGCUAGUUGGAAGCAGUCGACUGAGGAAGGAGAACCCACCCAGGUUUUCAACAUGCUAUCGGCAUUAGAGGCAUGCCGACCAAAACACUGUAUUCCGGCUCUCUUCGGCGCCAUCUACCGCCGUACAAGUGCUGGGAACGCCGAUCCCACAUCAAAGUCGACCAUGACAAUUUCGCUGCAGGACACUGAUCUCGUCAAGUUUCUAGUGGAGUACACGCGAACAUUGGAUGACGAUGCUAUGGACGAAAUUUGGCAGGAUUGCAUGGCUUUUCUAAAGGACCUUCUAACAAACCCAUUCCCGCAUCGGCAGACAUUGCCAAAUCUUCUGGAAUUCGCUGCUCUUCUAGGAGAAAAGGUUGACAAUACCAAUUUUGGAGAACAAAGAAGAAUGAGAAAAGAACUAGGGGACACCUUCAUCCGUCUGCUUGCUGCUCUAUUCACUACAAGGCCGAUUGCAUUUGCUGACCCAGCAAUGUCAAGCGGAGGCAUCCCUAAAUCCGAUUCUGGCAACACUAUCAACGGAUACGGCGAUGGACCAGAUGAUGUUGUUUCUAUUCUGGCUGGGAUCGUUCCUAAAUUAGCAAAGAUUCUUGUUGAACCUGAUAGAGUGCUUUCAGCCUCGGCAACUAUUUCGACCAAUGUCAUCGGGCCAACACUGAGAGCCAAGGGAUUCCCUGAGAUAGUCACCCAGAACACCAUGCGCCUUCUCCAUGAGUUAUCAAGAGUACAAAAUAACCAGAAGAACUGGAAGAAGGAUGUGGGAGACGCCUUCAAUGAUGUGAAGUUCUUCGGAAUGGACUUAGACUUGGUGAAGGACGAUUGGCUACCGCUGCUAAAACAAUGGACUUUUACCGAUAAAGAAAAGAUGUCCGAAAUUGUUAGUCGCAUCAACGCUCCGUCAACAGCUGGUAUUGUGUUUGGUGUCGGUGCAACGUCCGCCCGUCUCGAGGCUGACCGCAAGACGCAACUCAAUCUUCGAAGAAUUGCAACUUUGAUCCUCGCAGGCUCGGAAGACGCGUUUGUUUCAGAUUUGUCGGACAUAUUUGGAAAGUUGGCUGAGCUUCUUGGUGCCUCGUCGACAUCGUCGCCAUCAUCAACCACUCGAGCAGAUAUCUACAUGGUGUUCCGUGCUCUUGCUCUCAGAACCAGCGCAAUUCAUCUGGGAAUGUUAUGGCCGGUAGUAAACGCUGAGAUCCAUGCAGCUAUAUCUUCAGUUGCUGCGGCCGACAAUAGUACUGCUUCCGAUACUUACACCAACGCUUCGGUCCUACAAGCCUGCAAGCUGUUGGAUCUUCUGAUUUGCGUUGCGCCAGACGAUUUUCAGCUUCAUGAGUGGCUUUUUAUCACUGACACUAUCGACGCCGUAUAUAGGCCAUCAACCUAUCAGCCUGUCGCUCUCGUUGACGAACUCUCCGACGAGCUCGGAGCUACUGUGACUGCUUCAAAAUUCCACUCCUCUUCGGUGGUGAACCCAGUGGUACAGGGGUCAUCUCGAAGGCCGCUACUCGGACCAGGAGGCAUCAAUGACGAUGUCGGUCUUGAAAGAAAGGACGAAUUGGUGGCCAAGGUGCUCCGGCCGUUCUUUGGACAGCUCAGCAUCUUUGCAUUUGAGUCUACUUAUGCCAUGGGACGCGUCGACAAAGAGGCAUGCGUCUCAAGCUUGUUAAAUGAUCUUUUUGAUGAGCAAAGUAUAGUUAGGGCACUAUAG